AAAUAUCUGGUUGAGCAGGUCAUUAGGCCGACGGCCACCGCUCCCUAAAGUUUCGGAAAAAGCCAUAUUGAAAGAGAACAAGGUCACUGGGCCUCAAUAAGGCCCACCAAAUAUAGUGGUCCUUUGCCCAUUGAAGCGGCGUCGAGCUUCGCAGCGACGAAGAAGAUGAGGUCGAGACUCGGAGCUUCACUGUCGCCGCUAUUCACUGGUCUACAGCAGAGGCACAUUUCCAAAGCCAUUUCAGCGAAACCAUGGCUCACUUUUCUCAACACUGAUGGCCACUCUAACAGGCUUCAAUUACAAGGAAUCGAAAGCCUAAAGCGGUCAUUACAUAGUUUCGUUGAUGAUGAUGAUGACUUCUCAGAAUUGGGCCCAGCUACAGCGCAGCGUGCCGCGAAACAGCUGAAACUGAUGACAGAAAAGCGUGAGCUUUAUGGGGUUAAAACUUCUCCAUCUGUUCCCCGCAAACUUCAGAACCAGAAUGAUGAUUCUAGAUAUACUGUUAACACCAAGAAUGCUUCUCACUUGCCAAAUUCAAGCUCUAUUACUAUUGAGGACGUGCCAUCCAUAGUCAAGCUUUCCCAGCUAAUAGGAGCUAUUUCAAUAUUUGGUGAGAUCUCCAGAGCUUCCAUGAGGACUCUACCUAAUGGACUUCACUGUUGCGAUGUUGAAUUCCAGAGUGUAGAGUCAAGGAGGAGAGCAGUUUCAGCUGGUGGGAUUACAGUGAAGAGCUUUCAUCUUCCAAUUCAUCCUCCCCAUCCCCUAGAGACAGUUACUAUUAGAAUUAAGAAUAUCAGUAAUGAAACUGCUGAUGCUGCAAUACACUCAAUAUGCAUGUCAUUUGGUUCAUUGGAGGGUUUGGCUAGGACAGAAGAGGAUGCAGUAGAUGCUUUAUAUAGCGUGAAAGACAACUUGGACUUGCAAAGCAUACUUAAAAAGUUGAAUGCUACAUUCACAGGUGAUAGAAGAUGGUCAGCUUCUUUGCUUUCAAGAGAUUGCACCCCUGUAGCGAUGAGCAACAAUGAGGAUUCUAAACACAAGUUGGGGUUGCAGAUCAGCAGUCAUCUAAAGAAAUUGAAAAGGAGCCUCUCAAUGAAAAAGAUUGAUGUCGAAGAUUUAGAAAGUCUGCAUUUGGCCAUACUGCACCUCGAGGAAACCCCUGAUAUCCAUCUCAUUGAUUGAACUGUUAAAGUGUGUCAUCCAAUGUAAGGCGCUUCAAAUGGCUUUGAUUAUGUGUUGGUGAAAAACUUGGUAGUCUAGGUGUAUAUUUUCGUUGUGGCAACACGGAUUUUGCUUACCAAGCAUCUGCAAAUAGACUUUAGAUAGGAAUAUGAGUAUUGUCCAAACUGAAUUUUUCGAACAUGGACAAGGUUACUUUAGUUGGUUCCCUGCUGAUUGACAUACAUUCUGUACAUGAAUGUCUCAAAUUCAGUUUAUUCUAGGUCACAUUCCCACGCCUAUUGCUAGA